UCCGUCUUCUCUGAGGUUUGAUUGUUCCUAUUACUGUGAACUACAAGCAACACACUCAGCCAGAGCGCCUUCUAGCUACUUUAACUUUUAUUUAACCAGGCUGAAAACAUGAAGAUGGCAGCCUUCAACAUCAGGAAGCUGGGAUGGAGAAAGGUCAAAAACAAGGUUGUUCUUCGCUACCUGAUUAAGAUAGUGUCCCGAUACAGUGUGGUGUUGAUCCUAGAGGUGGUGGAUAAGACUGGUGCAGCCAUGCAAUGGUUCCUCCAGGAGCUCAACCGAACACAGGCCAACAAACAGCAUCCCUAUUCCAUGGCUAGGAGUAGCAGACUGGGACGGGACAACUACAAAGAACAGUUUGUCUUCCUCUACCGAGAGAAUGAGGUGCAGUUAACAGACUGCUACCAGUAUGAAGAUAAUCAACCUGGAGAUGAGGAUGCCUUUUCUAGAGAACCCUACAUCCUUCGUUUCUCUUGUCAAAUGACAGUUGUUGACGACUUAGUGCUGAUCCCAGUUCACACGAAGCCAGAGGACUCGGAGAAGGAGCUGGAUGAGCUGGAUGAUGUGGUCCAGGCUAUCAGGAAAAAAUGGAGAACUGAUAAUAUCAUGAUCUUGGGGGACUUUAAUGCAGAUGGAUGUUACAUCUCUAAGAGGAAGAUGGGAGAGAUCCGCAUCCGCUCUGAUGUCAACUACCAUUGGCUCAUAGGUGAUGAUGUUGACACCACAGCUUGCAACUGCAAUGACCACACCUAUGACAGGAUUGUGUUGUAUGGUGAAACAAUGUUGAAAGCUGUUAUCCCCAGCUCAGCCAAGCCUUUCAACUUCCAGAAAGCCUUCCAUCUGACUGAUGACAUGGCUCUUAGCAUCAGUGACCACUACCCUGUGGAGGUGAUGCUGAGGAGUAAUGCGCCCAAAAAGACGGGCGUACAGAGGCCAAUACAAAAGAGGAGACCCCCCAACCCUUCAAAAAAGAGAGGUGCUUCAGGAGCAGGAAACAAGCAUGUUUCAGGGCCAGUGAAAAAAAAGGAUGUUCCCACACCACAGAGGAAGGCUGCCCUUGGAGGACCAUUUCAGACUGAUGUCCCAGGACCAAAGAAGAAGAGAGGACCACUGAAGAAGAAAUAAGCUCCAAAACAAUGGCAGAAAAAUGAGCAGAAUGCACCAGAGCUGAAUAAGAAGAUGCAUUCUUCCUGUACAUCCCAGACAGGAACCAAGAGACGACGGCUGGAGAAGUGAAAAAUCACAAUUUUACAGAGAAUUCAGACCAAACUAUAAAAUCAAAUUGCAUCAAAUAACAUUAUUUUGUGUGUGUUAGCAACAGAACAGUCUAUCUGGUAUGUGUAUUCAUACCACAGGAAUGAGAAGCAUACUUCUAUCUGUAUAAGCAGUGGACAAACAGAUGUGCAUUCUAACUGAGGAUGGAUCAUGUAUGAAAAUCUUAUGUUUUGGAGAACAUGUAUGAAUGAUCUGAAAUCAUCCAAAAAUGAAUUAAA